CAAUCGUCUGCCUAUAUAUAAUUAGAUUUAAAACCUUAAAAAAAACGUAAAUAAAUACCAACUUAGCAUCAACAUCGCAAACACAAACACCAAUCCACACACACACACACAAAAAGAUUUUCUUGAUACAUUGAUAAUUCAAGAAUCAAGAAAUGGAGGAAUCAGGGCGUAAAGGAGAUCCGUUUCCAGGUUUUGAGAUGAGUUUUCACAAAGACGACUCCAUUUUCCGGCGAUCUCAAAGCUGCCGGCGGCUUCAGAGAAGAGCUCCAUGUCCUCUCUCAUUACCACCAAGACCUCCUCCUUCCGCAGAAGCUCCAUCUUCUGCGACCGGCGUCUCCACUUCUGCGUUCUGUCAGAACGGCACAGAUCCAAUCCCUCUACUGUCUCCUCUCGUCCUUCCUUCAAUGCUUCAACCUAAUCCCUCCACGACCUCCCACUGACUCUCUUCUUAUAUUUUUCCUGUACUGAGAAUGUUCUCUCAUUGAUCCAUUAUUUAUUUCCUUUUGAUCAUUUUGGUUUUUAUUUGAACUUUUUCAUAGAUUCAAACAUGUCAUUGUCUCUAUUCAGAUUCAAACAUUCACAACGGUGAUGAGGAUCGUUCUCUCUUCUUUCUUGAUCCUGAUGAUAUUGUUAACAUCAUUGAUUAAAUUAUGUACAUAUAGUAUAUGUUAUAUUUAUUUUCUUAUAUAUUGAGCAUCGAAAUAUCUUGUCCUA